UGGAUUAGAAGCUUCUGUUAUUGGCUCCCUAACAACAAUUCUCUCUCUCUCAAAUCCUCUCUUCUCUCUCAACACAAAAACCCAAAAACACAGACUGAAAAAGUGCAGUCUGAAUACAAAGGCAAGCACAAAUCUUUGUCAUCUAUUUUUCUUUUUUAAAGAACCCAAUUGUAGCCGUUAACAUUCUUCCCUUUUUUUUCUCCCUCAAUACUAGACAAAGCAGCUUGCUUUAUUUAUUGAGGAGUGAAUCUUUGGUUACCCGUAAAGAGAAAACGCCGAGAUGGUGGAGACUCUACCCGUCCGAUUAUUCAUAGCCGCCGUGCUGUUACCGGCGGUGGUGGUUGUGUAUGGAUUUCCGACCACUUUGACGCUUGAGAGGGCGAUUCCGGAGAGUCACAUGCUCGAGCUUUGUCAACUCAGGGCUCGGGACAGAGUCAGGCAUGGGAGGUUGUUGCAGUCUUUAGGUGGCGUCGUCAAUUUUCCGGUUUCUGGGACCUUUGAUCCGUUCCUUGUUGGGCUCUACUAUACAAAACUGCAACUGGGCAGUCCUCCAAGAGAAUUUCAUGUGCAGAUUGAUACAGGAAGUGAUGUUUUGUGGGUUAGCUGCGGUUCCUGCAAUGGUUGCCCAGAAAAUAGUGGACUCCAUAUUCAGCUCAAUUUCUUUGAUCCUGGGAGCUCAUCAACAUCUUCAGUGAUCUCCUGUUCGGACCAAAGAUGCAGUUUAGGAAUUGAAUCAUCCGAUUCUGGCUGUUCUGCUCAGAACAAUCUGUGUGGUUACACUUUUCAGUACGGAGAUGGUAGUGGUACUUCAGGCUAUUAUGUCUCAGAUUUGAUGUACUUUGACACAAUUGUUGGCAGUACUUUGAUAACAAAUUCUUCAGCUCCUGUUGUCUUUGGUUGUAGCACAUUACAAACGGGGGACUUGGUAAAGUCAGAUAGAGCAGUUGAUGGGAUCUUUGGGUUCGGCCAGCAGAGUUUGUCUGUCAUCUCACAGCUUGCUUCGCAGGGAUUAACCCCUAGGGUAUUCUCUCACUGUCUCAAGGGAGAUGGUAGUGGUGGAGGUAUACUGGUUCUUGGUGAAAUUCUGGAUCCACAUAUAGCAUACACUCCACUUGUACCAUCACAGCCUCAUUAUAAUGUGUACCUUCAGAGCAUUGCUGUGAAUGGUCAAAUUUUACCAAUUGAUUCAUCAGUAUUUUCAACAUCUACCAACAAAGGCACAAUAAUUGAUACAGGAACAACUUUGGCAUACCUAGCAGAAGGAGCUUACGAUCCUUUUGUUGAAGCUAUUACAAAUAUUGCUUCACAAAAUGUGCGCCCUGUUCUUUCCAAGGGAAACCAGUGUUAUUUAAUCACCUCGAGUCUCACAGACAUAUUUCCUCAAGUUAGUUUUAACUUUGCUGGUGGUGCAUCCAUGAUUCUAAAUCCUCAGGACUACCUUAUACAGCAGAACUCAAUUGGAGGUGCUGCAGUUUGGUGCAUUGGCUUUCAAAAAAUCCAGGGACAAGGAAUUACAAUUUUAGGAGAUCUUGUUCUCAAGGACAAAAUCUUCGUAUAUGAUUUAGCUGGUCAACGGAUUGGAUGGGCGAACUAUGACUGCUCAAUGUCAGUCAAUGUCUCUGCGUCUACUAACACUGGCAGAAGUGAAUUUGUCAAUGCCGGGCAGCUGAGUGAUAAUAAUUCACCUCGGAAUGUCCCCAAAAAUCUCACCGGAAUUAGCAUUAUCGUGUUCCUCGUGACUUAUAUACUUAUGCUUGGAGGUUUCUGGGUCUUAUAGCAUACAGUGCAAGAGGUCUAGAACUUGAAUUCUUUGAACAAUUUAUAUAUAUAUAUAUUUGUGUUUUUUUUUUUCUUUUAAUUGUAUAUCUUCCCUAGUUAUAUGGAUCACAAAUUCCACUAGUAGCAUUUCUGGAUUCUCAGGACAAACUACUUAGGGACAGGAUUGUAGAUUUAAAGACAGAAAUUAUACAUAUAAAUCAAUUAAUACUUAUUUCAUCAAAA